CUGAUAAGCGAGGGCCACCCCUCGUGCACAUGGCUCGCCUGUCAGCACCAGCGCCAAGCAAGAUGCGGUGCUCUUCUUCUUGUUGCGCUCUCUCACGAUUGCCGCAUUGCCCUAAUUUCGCACGCGGCCAUGGCAGGCUUUGAGCGGGAUCGCGAGCGAAUUGGAGGGGCUAGGCGCAAGAUCUGAUCGAUUCCGCGCCUAGAUUUCGAGAAAUGUGAUGUCACAAGCUCCGGGAGCCGCCGGCGCGAUCGAGAUUGUGAAGAAGGAGCUGGAUUUGCCGGCGCCUCCAGCGAUCAUGGCCGCGGCCGCGGGAUCCUCUUACGCGACGGAGUUUGGAUUAGGUUACGAGCAAUUCGGGAGGCUCAGGCAGCCACAAGGUGCCCCCGGUGGAUUUGCCCCGGAUUCCUGCAAGAAGAUUGCUCCGGCUCCCUCUCCACGGUUUUUGCAAGUGCCAGCUUAUGAGCAAGGUCCCAGUAGAGGGGCAUUUGGUUCUCUCGCAACGCAAGACUUUCUACAGCCGUUAGAAAGAGGAGCAAACGGAAAUGUAGCUGCCAAGGUCCCAGCACCAGUUGCGAAUGGUGACAUCCCACUUCAGCUGUCUUCCAGGAGCGAACGAAACGAGCAAGUGGUUCUUGAUUCUUCUCCUGCCAAAGAAAGCUGUUCAUCACGAAUGCAUCUCCAAAUGCAGUAUGGAUUUAUCGAUCAUCCGCAUCCGCUGUUCCCAAAAAAUGGAUUGGAAGCGAACCACCACGGAGCCGUGGGUGUAAGCAGGCACUGGCAGCAGGGCCAUGUGAGCAGCGCAAACAAACGACCCAGGUCCGCUCAAUCGGAGGGCGACGACAACGAUAGCGAGGAAAGGAAAAAGAUUCACAGGGGAGAGGCAGCGAGCAGGGAAGAUAUAAAUUCCAGGAGCAUCGACGUGAAAAGCAACACAUCCAGGUCCAAGCACUCUGCCACCGAGCAAAGGCGACGCAGCAAAAUAAAUGACAGGUUUCAAAUGCUUCGCGAUUUGCUGCCCCACGGAGAUCAAAAGAGGGACAAGGCCUCUUUUCUGUUGGAGGUGAUAGAGUACGUACAGUCUUUGCAAGAAAGAGUAAAGAAGUUUGAGGCGUCGGAGAAAGGAAGAUAUCAGGAGAGGUUGAAGCCUGUGCCAUGGGAUGUUAAGUCGAGCACAAGCUUGAAAGAAGUCCCCGACAGUAGCAGGGAUAAGUGUGCGUUGCUCGAGGACGGGAAAUCUAGAUCCUUUGGAGCAACGACUAGUCGAGCUAUGGGAAGACAAGUUGCCCAAGCUCCAUCACGACCAGCCAUGUCUCCGUUAGCUUCUACGAGCACACCGGCUGUGGAGAACUUAGACGCGACAACCACGAGAGACAAAACAGGAGAAAGGUCUUCCGAGUCACAGCGACAAGCAAACGAUGCCUCGAGACAAUCCACUCCUGUGGAAACGGCAACAGCGCAACAGCAACAAGGGUCUAGCAACGAGCUUCCCAUCAAGCAGGGACUAAUCAGUUUGUCGACCGCGUAUUCUCAGGGGCUGCUCGAAGCUCUCACAAGCGCAUUGCACAGCAGUGGACUGGAUCUAUCCAAAGCCAACAUUUCCGUCCAGAUCGAGCUCGGCAAGCCCCAAGAAAAAAAGGCAUAGAUAGGUGGCAAAAACAAAGAAACACAAACCAUUGACAACGAUUUACAUUUUCUUCUUGUACAAUCUGAGUGAGCGAUGUUUUAGAAAGGAAAAAUUUUAUAUCCAAGCUUGCGCAAAACGCCAUAAUCACAAACGUUUGUUUAGUGGUGAGA